CUUAGUCUGAGACUUUGAAAUCGAAAGUAAAAAAGCCAUGAGCGACACACCGCGCGGAAACGUCACGACUCGAAACAGGCUUAAGGUCACACUUAGGAUACUGAUUGUUAACUGAUUAAGUGAUUAUUUAAACAAACAAACAAAUCAAUUUAUAAUUACGAGAAAUACGAGGAACGAGACAGAUUACAACGCGUAGUUACAGCGGUGCGAGGUGACGCCGUUUUACGGUGAGUGACGUGAGUGACUACGGAAGCUGUGUGUCUGUGCGCGCGCGUCUAUGCGCUCCCGAGGGAACUCUUUUUGUGUGUAUAAUUAAUCGUUAAGUUCGUGAUUUAAGGCGGGAAAGAAAUAACCAUGGCAGUAUAACGACUCGUGGACAGCGUGUCGGGUCUGUUGAAGUCGGUUUCCCCCGGCAGGUGGCCCCUGUCUUUGGGCUUUCUGCUUCACCCUGAGCGCUUUCCUGGGAAAAUAUUUAAUCAACGCUUUAUAAACGAAUCAGGCCAGGCGUGUGUGCGUGUGCUUUUAUUUCAAGUCGACUCGCUCAGCAACGUUCAUCUGCAAAACAGAAAGUGAAAGUUUUUUUUUUUGCUUGGCCAGCCAGGAAGGAAACACCAACGAUACACACGAAUACACACACGCACACACACACACACAGAGUGAGUGCUACGUGUGUGUAGGUCUUGUUAAGAUGUUCGUACAGUUCCGUCAAGUCACUCAGGCUCGGGCUCUCCAGACGCACUGGAUAUGCGGGCACCCACACUAGCCUUCAUCUUCAUCCUAGCUGAAUACUCCAUCAUCACUGGAGGAGAUGGAAAUUGUGGUGAUCCUCCUGAGGUUAAAUAUGCAUUGAAAGUACAAAAUCUUACGGAUUUACGGUUCCGCAUGCCGUGUACGGACGGAUAUUUGAGGAAAGCUGGAACUUCCAACCUCUUUAAAUGUAAUAAUAACGAAUGGGUCAACACUCCGAAACUUGUAUGCAUCCGUAACCCAUCAUUGCCAGAUGUAACCACACAGAGUCAUACCUCUGCUCCACCUGUAAAUCAGACAAGUUCCAGUUCAACACCAACAACAUUAUGUCUGACUACAAAAGCAGAAAAAAGCACUUCUACAACAACUAGGAAAUUUGACCUCACAAAACCAUACACUUCCACAACAACAUCAACAAACCAACCAACUUCCACAACAACAUGGACGUCCCAGCAAACCUCUCAAAGGAGCACGACAGUGAUGGAGACAACUGUGACCACGUCCAAAACUGCUAAAAUUACAACUUCUUCCACGACUGAGAAAGAAAAUCUGACCACAGUGUCCACACAUUCCCCUAGCAGCCUCUCUACCACAACCACUGGAGGCUCCACUGUUGCAUCUUUUUUUGGAGGUAAAACAGGUAUCACUGCAGGGACGAUAAUACUUGUAAUUAUUGUUGCCUUGGCAGCGACAGUGGCCAUUCUAAUUUGGCGUCGACGUUCAAAGCCUUCUGAAUCUAGUGGCCCUUCCAUAAUAAUGAUAACCAAGCAUCCUGACACACAAGAGCCGUUAAUGAAUCCUAUCACCAUCACAAGCAACUGUCCUCAAGACUCCAUCCAACCUCCGGUUGUUCCCUUUAGAGACUCUAUUGAGGCAUCCACAGCACAGGGAUGAAGGAGCCACAUGCGGCUCCGGAGCCACGGGUUGACAACCUCCGUUCUAGAACAAUACUUGAGAUUUCAAAACUAUGAAAUAACACAUAUGGUAUUAUGUAAUAACAAAAAAAAGUCAAUUGUUAGUUUAAGACACAAAGGUGAGCUGUUUUGGAACAGUUCCUGCAAAAACAGCAUUGUCAAGAGCAUUUGCAAAACCCAUCAUGCACCAUGAUGCAACUGGCUAUUACGAAGAACAUCCCAGGAAAUACCAUAACCAAAAGUUACAGUACCAGCCUCAAAAAUCACUAAUUAACAGUACCUCAAAUUAGAGACAUUAAAUUGGAAAGCUUUACACACCAUAAGUAGCAGACACAUCUCAAUAUCAACUGUUUGAAGGAGAUUAUUGCAUAUUUCUGAUGGCUUAAGCAUUGUUUUACAUUUUACAUCAAGAAAGACCAUUAAAUAAAUGAAAAAAAUGUACAGUAUGUAAUGCAAUUCAAAAAUGAAACAGCUUUUUAUUUUUGACCGUACUGCAUUGAAAAGCAAAACAUUCAGUGCUUUGCUUUUAUGUUACUUGACCUCUUUGAGGAGCAAAACUGAGCACAGAAUUUUUCAAAUAGUAAAAUGCUGACUUUAAGUCAGAAGUGAAUGUGAGCCACCUUCAAAAAGUAUGUCACAAGGCUGGACUGUCUUUUUCAAGAUAGAAAAACGAGAAAUGUAAGGAGAUACAGAUAAUCCAUCUCAUUACCAAAUAACCAGUGGCUUCUCAGGCAAUGUCCAUACUGACUUGUGAGCAUGUGCAUACUUGCCAAGACAUUCCAACAAUCCCUGUCUUCUUGAGUUACUUUCCAUCAUUGACUUACUGGCCUUGUAAUCUGUCUUUCACCUUGUUGUACUUGUGAGUUGUUUAUGACUUUUCCUCUUUCUAAAAUGACCUUAAAGUGUAAAACAAUUUAACAAAUCGUAAAAAACACAAUAGAAAUUUUGAACUUUCUGUCAUGUUUGCACGUUUGCUUUUUUGGUUUCAGUUUGAUAAAGUGUUUUGCACUUCAGGGUCAAUAACCACUUGCUCAGGUUGUUACUGACUCUUCAUGGUCCUGCUAACAUGAUUUAGAGUCCCUGUUUACCGUACCCUGGUGGUCCUUCACCAGUGAGCAUGAGAAGUUAAAUGGACAUGCAUAGAUUGGGUAUGUUUUAAGACAAUUCCUCAACACAAAUCAACAUAGGAAAUGAAACAGAAAUGUCCUGUACUUACAUAAGUGAAACAUUCCUUAAAGAGCAAAGGAGCACUGCUUAAAAAAAAUUAAGGAAAUCAACGAGCUUGAUCUGCACAAAGAGUGUUCAUGGACCUUUUUCUGUUCAGUUUUUCUGUUUCAGUUCUUUAUUGAAGUCAAAGUAAAAUGUUUUAUUUAAGCACAAUUAACACAACACAGUGCUGUACAAUCGUAUAAUAGCUGCUGACUUAGAGACAGACCAUGAAAAACGGACAAUAAUGAGAAAAUAAAAAGAACUGAAAUCUAAAUAAAACUAUGUACAACAAUAAAAAGUCCAAUCACUCUUAUUGUAUAAAACAGCCAAUUGAAACAGUAAAACAAUAAAUAAAUACAGGAAGAAGGAUAACUUAUCACUCUGUAUUAAAAACCAAGAUUUAAGGAU